AUGAAUUUGAGUUUCCAGCGCGGCCUUGUUGAACGGGAGAUCACAGCUCUGCUACACGAAUGCACCAUACAAACGAAAAAUGUGAAGUCUUCUGAUGCAGCCAGGCACACGGAUGAAACUGCAAGUGGGCAACAAAUCCUGGAGCAGAGAGACAUCUCGCAGGAUGAUGUGUGCCCAAUUUGUCAAGAGAAACUGCUUGCAAAACAUGUCCCUGUCACUUACUGCAGAUUUGGGUGUGGGAACAGCAUUCACAUAAAGUGCAUGAAAGUUUGGGCGGAUCACCAGAAGUCUACUGGUGAGGUGAGAGUCCACUGCCCUCUCUGCCGUGAAGAUUUUGGCCCUUUGCAGUAUCUGGAGCAGGAACUUAGGAACUCUGGGCCAUUGUCUAGAAGAAAUCGACUGACAGCAUUUAAAUGUAGAGGGUGUGACAUUCCAAUCACUGGAACAUGCUACAGGUGCACAGUUUGUUCCGAGUAUUAUGCAUGUGAGCUGUGUUUCUUAGCCCAGCAUCACAGUGAGCACGACUUCACCCAUAGACAGAAGCACAACCAGCGCUGGCGCUGUGCUGUGCGUAGUUCUGGAGCAGUGCUGCCACCUGCUGUCAUGGAGAACCUUUCUGGGAGAGAUCUUGUGGAAGAUGACUACGAUCUUCUCCUACAGCUAGCGAGCUCUCAGCCCGGCAGACUACUGACAACAGAAGAAGUUGGAAGGUUGUCCGUGAGUACAACAACUGCGAGGGGUCACCUUCUGCAGCCAGGGAUGCAGUGUAGAGUCUGUCUGCGGCCCUUCCUCGCUGGCCACCGUGUCCGCACCCUGCCAUGUGCUCAUGUGUUUCACAAGGAUUGUAUCGACAACUGGCUUCAGAAUGAGAGAGGAGCUUGCCCUGUGGAUGGUGAAGUACCUACUACUCAUCAUGCACCUCGUGUGCCUGCUAGAAUGUCUGAAAACUGUCAGCAGCCCCACAAACACAGAGGCACCCUGCAGACAACUCAACAGAACACACUCGCCCCAUGUUUUACUGUCAGUGGAUGUGCUAUGACUCGACAGCUCAAGGACACCAGGUCGACACCUCGACACCUCCCCCGUCCCGAGGGUGGACUGUCAUGGCCGACGAUGCCAGGGAGCGAUGCGGCGGGUGCAGACGCUCGGCACGCGGCCAUGACACAGUCCGCCCCAGCGACCGUCGCCCAUGACGACGUCUCCAAGCCUCGGCUCCCCGGCUCCUCCACGGCGACAGAUCUCUCGGGUGUGAGGUUCAGUCGGUUCUGCUGGGGGGAGCGCGCAAGGGCUCGGGGCGUGAGCGGGGCCGGACGCGUGAGGAGGGGUCGCGCCGCCGUGCGCAGCGACGUGACAAUGAGCGCCCCCUGUUGGGAUGACGGGCUGGCAGACAUGACGGUGUAUGCAUCGCGUGUCAGAGCGGACCACACAGACGUAACAUGA